UUCAAUCAAUAAAUUCCAGUAUCUAGUCGUCUAGCUAGACAGCUCUUGAUCAUGUCUACGCCUCCUUAUCCAGACGAGAUCAAAGGGCCAGCCGCCGUUGAGAGCGGCGACGAUGUGCCUCAGUACGACGGAUCCAGUAUCGACACCAUCAAAGCGCUGGUCCAUGAAGACCACCAACAUGAGAUCAAGCUGCGAACUAUGUCAUGGCAGAAGGCAGCGUGGUUGCUUGCCGGAGACCAAGUCUGUCUUGCCAUUAUGGCUCAGACAUGGUCGCUCUCGGUCCUAGGGUGGGUUCCAGGAAUUAUCACUAUGGUGGCUGCUGGUAUCCUCUUCUGGAUUACUUCAAUGACCAUGUGGAAGUACAUAAUGAAGUAUCCUCAGAUCAAAGAUAUCUGUGAUUUCGGAUACUACGCUUUUGGGAGAAAUAGGUUUGCUUAUGAGUUCUCUGGAUUCAUGCUGCUCGCCAAUAAUAUCCUCCUCAUUGGCUUUCACAUCCUCACUGGUGCCAAGGUCCUUAACACUCUAUCAGAUCACUCCCUUUGCACUGUAGUGUUCUCUGUCAUUGCAACCUUGAUGGGUAUAGUGUUGUCCCUACCGAGGACCUUACGCCACGUUUCGUUCAUGUCGAUGUUCUCAGCUGCAUUUAUGGCAGUUGCUGUCCUCCUUUUCUUGAUUUUUGCUGGUAUCGAGGAUGCUCCCCUGUAUGGCUACAACGGCAACUAUCCCACUGACGGCCCAGUUCGGACCUAUGCCUUCCCCCUCCCCGGCACUACCUGGGUGAACUGCAUGAAUGCCGUGCUAAACAUCACAUUCCUCUGGGUUCCGCAAAUUCUCUUCCCCACCUUUAUCGCCGAGAUGGAGCGACCACAAGACUUCCCCAAAUCCCUGACUGUUCUCACUGGCAUCUCCAUCUUCUUAUUCAUUGUUCCCCCAGCCAUUGGAUUCCGAUAUCUAGGCCAGUACUCCACAGCCCCAGCAUUUGGCAGUCUGGGUGUCGACGCCUACAAGAAAGGAUCCUUUGCGUUUGUCAUUGUGCCCACGCUCAUCAUCGGCGUCAUCUACGCCAACGUCAGUGCCAAAUACAUCUACUUCCGCAUCAUGGGCACAUCUCGUCACGCGCAUAGUAACACCGUGAUUGGCUGGGGGAUUUGGUGUGCAGUCAUGGCAGGGAUUUGGAUUCUCGGCUUCAUAUUCGCAGAGGUGAUUCCCAGCAUGGGGGAUUUCCUCUCCCUGCUUGGUUCCGCAUUCGACUCAUUCUUCGGAUUCAUCUACUUCGCGGUUGCGUAUUGGCAUCUUUACCGUGGGAAAUUGUUUGCGGGUACCUGGAGGUCGGUUAUGACGGUUGUGCAUGUCUUUGUUAUGGCGGUUGGGCUGUUUAUACUUGGUCCGGGAUUUUAUUCCGCGGUGAAGGCGAUUAUUGAUGAUUAUUCGGCAGCAACGUAG